AUGACACUUGUAAUAUCUCCUAUGCUUGUGCGACAGUAUUCUACAGUAAUUAUAGUGAAUUUGAGUGUUUUGACAACUGGCAUGAGUUUGGGCUGGUCAUCCCCUAUGGUGGUGAAACUAAGCAAUUCCACUACAACCCCCCUCUCCAGGGUUAUUACUGACGCUGAGGGAUCCUGGAUAGUGUCUUUGGGAUAUCUCUGCAGUAUUUUUAUACUCAACGCCUUGGGGAGUUCUUCCUUAGAUGGAAUAGGCAGGAAGUACAGCGUCAUAGCAUCGGCUGUUCCAAAAUUGUCCAUGGCAGUCCUACUUAUUUUCGCUACGGAAGUCUGGAUGGUGAUCUUGGCUCGUUGCGUCAUGACGAUCACCGAUAGCUUUCUAUUCUGUGUUGUUCCUGCGUAUGCUGCAGAGAUUGCAAGUAAAUCGCAACGCGGUUCCCUUGGUACCUUUCUUCAACUGUUCUCGUCGCUUGGAAUCGUUAUAACGCUGUCUGUCGGCCCGUUUGUGUCUUAUCACACAUACAGCUACGUAUUCGUGGCUGUUAUAGCAGCGGCUACUUUGCCACUUUUCUUCUUGCCAGAAAGUCCUUACUUCCAGUAUGCUAAAGGUAAAACUAAUGAGGCCUUCAGAACGUUAACCAGGAUCCGCGGUUCUGAAGCCCAAGCGACUCUCGAGUUGGAGGAAUACGAAAAAUCCAUAGAGAGCCGGAUAAAAGUGGACAAAAUCGUCCUCUUGAAGGACAGGAUAUUUUUAAAAUCUCUCGUUUUGAGCAUUAUGUUGUACGGUGGGUCUCAAAUCGUCGGUUACAACGCGGUCACAUUCUAUCUACAAACCAUUUUGAUCUCUACCAGGACGGAAGUUAUGCCGGAAAUUGCGUCUGUAAUCAUAGGACUGAUACAGGUCGUCGCAAGUCUGUCUGUCACUUUUCUGACGGCCAUGUUUAAGAGAAAGCAGAUCUUGGUUACGUCACUGCUCGGCAUGUGUUUGGGAAUGGUGGGUUUGGGGUCAUUCUUCCAAGUCUGUGCUCCUGACUUCGAUGUCCACGGCUUCAUGAAUUACUUACCCAUAAUUUCUUUGAUCGUCGUCGUGUUCUCCUACAGCGCUGGAAUCGGUUCCCUCAUAUGGCCGAUAUGCGCUGAACUAUUCGAGGGUCCUGGUCGGGCGUUCGGCACAUCGAUAGGCCUCGCCAUCUGCCAGUUUACCAUAUUCGUGACUACCAAGUACUUCACUUCGAUGACCACAGCACUCGGUCCUGCGUCCACCUAUUGGUUCUUCAGUAUUAUGUGUGUCAUUAUUGGAACACUCAUUGCGAUAUUUUUGCCCGAGACAAAGGAUAGGACGUUUAGGGAAAUACAGACGGCGUUGGGGAAAGAUGAUAGAGAUAAAAUUGUAUUAGGUUAA